UGCGUCCUUCUGCUCAAGAUCUAAGAUGGCGACUGUGCAUCUAAGGAUUGGCGAUUUGGUUUGGGGGAAGCUGGGACGUUACCCACCUUGGCCUGGAAAGAUUGUUAGUCCUCCUAAGGAUCUGAAGAAGCCAAGAGGCAAAAAAUGUUUUUUUGUGAAAUUCUUUGGAACUGAAGAUCAUGCUUGGAUAAAGGUGGAGCAGCUGAAACCGUACCACCCUCACAAAGAAGAGAUGAUUAAAAUAAAUAAAGGCAAAAGGUUCCAGCAGGCAGUCGAUGCAGUUGAAGAAUUCUUGAAGAAAGCAAAAGGAAAAGAGCAGGCGUCUAACUCUGAAGACAAGAAAUUAAUUACAUCUGAUGCGAAAGGCAGGAAAAAUCCUGCAAAAGCUGUGAAAUUGCUCAUGGAUGAGGAUGAAGAUGAAGAUGACUUGAACACUCACAAAGUUUGCCUUCAAAAGGACAAGGACCUAACUGACACCGACCCGGAACCAUCCUCUGUACGGCUGAUUGGUGGAGCAGUUCCUGGCUUCAAAUGGGAAAACAAUCCAGUAAAGGAUGACCCACAUUUUCAUCAUUUUCUGCUCAGCCAGUCUGAGAAGCCUGGCUCUUCAAUGGAGCCUAUAAGCAAAAGACUGAAAAUAAUUGAAGAGGAUACAGGCUCCACGUCUAUCCAAGCUGCUGACAGUACAGCCAUUAAUGGCAGUAUCAUACCCACAGACAAAAGAAUAGGGUUCCUUGGGCUUGGACUCAUGGGAAGUGGAAUAGUUUCUAAUCUGUUAAAGAUGGGCCAUGUAGUCAUGGUGUGGAAUCGCACAGCAGAAAAGUGUGACUUGUUUAUCCAAGAGGGUGCCAGGUUAGGGCGGACUCCAGCUGAGGUUGUAUCCAUGUGCGACAUCACAUUUUCUUGUGUGUCUGAUCCCAGAGCUGCCAGGGAUCUUGUCCUGGGGCCUAGUGGUGUACUUCAGGGUAUAAGACCUGGAAAAUGCUACGUGGAAAUGUCAACCAUAGACCCAGAGACAAUCACAGAAUUGUCACAGGUCAUCACGUCUAGGGGUGGACGCUUUUUGGAGGCACCGGUCUCUGGCAGCCAGCAGCUUUCGAAUGAUGGAAUGUUAGUCAUUUUGGCUGCUGGGGACCGAACUGUGUAUGAAGACUGCAGCAGCUGCUUCCAAGCUAUGGGAAAGACGUCUUUCUUUUUAGGUGAAGCAGGCAAUGCUGCAAAGAUGAUGCUGAUCCUAAACAUGGUGCAGGGAAGUUUCAUGGCCACAAUAGCUGAAGGACUUACACUAGCUCAAGCUACUGGCCAGUCACAGCAAACAUUCUUGGACAUUCUUUGUCAAGGACAAAUGGCAAGCACUUUCCUGGACCAGAAAUGUCAAAAUAUUUUGCAAGGAAACUUCAAACCUGAUUACUAUUUGAAACACAUUCAAAAGGAUCUUCGGUUAGCAAUUGCUAUGGGUGAUUCGGUCAAUCAUCCUACUCCAAUGGCAGCAGCUGCCAAUGAGGUCUACAAGAGAGCAAAAGCCUUGGACCAGUCAGACAAUGACAUGUCUGCUGUAUACAGGGCCUAUAUUCACUGAACUUGUAAGAUGUACUUCAAACUGUGGACCACAUUGUAUUUUCCCCUUCCCUUCUUUUGUGAGAAUUUGCUCAGAUCCUACCUGUCUGGCAUCAGUGGAUUUUCCUUUCCCUGUUUGAAAUGGUAACUUUUAAAAGGCCAAAAUGUGAGCAUUGCACUGACUUUUGGAAUUGAGUGACAUCUAAAUGCAGGAUUUUCCUAUCCUAUUUGCUUACUGACUGUCAGCUUGUGGAGGGAUAAAGUAAUGCAGUGUGUUUUCUAUGAAUGAGACUACCCAUUGCAGAUGGACUAUUGGUGCACCCUCUUCUGAAGGUGGUCUGGGAUUACUAUUUCUUUCAUACACAUGUUUAGCGUUAUUUAAUUCCUUACUAUUUUUAACACAUGUCCAGAAUUCUGUAAAUUAUAAGCCUGUUCUCUAAGAAGGCAAGGAAAUGCCAAAGCAAUGCCUUAAUGUAGUGACCCAUGAAUCUUUCAUUUCCUCUGGCUGUAACAUUGCCCCAUGAUCAGUCAAUUCAGGCCAUGCAUAUUUCAUAACAAUUAACAGGGUGGUGGGUGGAUGUGUGUUGUGCAGAUUGAGUUUAAUGUAUUCCUAUGCCUUAAAGAUGCAGUAAUUUGUUUUAUUUUAAUCUAAAAGUGUCUGGCACCAAUGGGUAAAACAUCAAAUGUGGAAUACUGGUGAGACUAAGUGGUUUUACUGUACUAUUGAGUAUAUCAGAAAUAUACAUACUAAAUGCAAAUGGGACAAUGCCCAAGAAACAUUUGCAAACAUAUUAAAUGUAAUGCCUCUGGUUAAUUUAAUGGCAAUUGAUUGCAGUAGUGAAGCUUUUAAUGGUGAAAUUAGCCAGCUAGUCAUACUUCUUAUACUUAGAUUGUGGAGCAGAUCUGCGUUUAUUAGUCCCCCACCACUCAGUCUUCAGUAUUUGAAAAGUACUGAAUUGCCGUCUCAAACUUUAAAUUACGACUUAAAGUUGCAUGCAUAAACCAACCCUUUACUUUUGCCUUACUUUUUGUUUUUGUUGCCUAUUGGACCUUUUGACAUGAAAGAAUUGGAUAAACUUGGCUACUAACAAUGCAACAAACGGCAUUACUUUGAGAGGACAUUAUUAUUCAGGUGAAAUA